GUGUGUUUUGACUGUGGAGCCAAAAACCCUAGCUGGGCAAGCAUAACAUAUGGUGUUUUUCUUUGUAUUGAUUGCUCAGGGACCCAUCGAUCACUUGGUGUUCACUUGAGUUUCAUUCGAUCUACAGAAUUAGAUUCCAACUGGUCUUGGUUUCAGUUGAGAUGUAUGCAAGUAGGAGGAAAUGCAAAUGCUUCUGCAUUUUUCCAACAACAUGGAUGCAUAACAAAUGACACCAAUGCCAAGUAUAAUAGUCGUGGUGCACAACUUUACAGGGAAAAGAUUAAAUAUCUUGCAACACAAGCAACAAGAAAACAUGGUACUGAUUUGUGGCUAGAUGGCUGUGGAAUUCUGCCUGGAUCACCCCAACACAAAGAGGAGGAUUUUUUUGCAUCCCAUGCUUCUCUGAAGGUGAGUGGCACAGAAUGGGCAUCAUCACAACCAGAGGCAGUUUUUCAAAAGGAGAGUUCUUCAGAAAUCAUUCCAGAAUCUAAUGAAGGUGGACCAGACCAUGGACCAAGUGUUGAUUGCCUUAGUGUCUCACCAAAAGCUGCAUUAGAGGGCAUCUCUAUUAUGAAAAAGAAACCAAAUCAAGCUAAAAAGGGGCUUGGUGCCAAAAAAGGUGGCUUGGGAGCCCAGAAAGUGAGCAGCAAGAAUUUUAAUGAGAUUGAAAAGCAAGCACAAGCUGUAGAUAAAAUGAAGGAACAGGAAGAUCUUCAUGAUAGUAAGAGAACUGAAAGGGAAGAACCAUUUGUAUCAUCUUUACGAUUGGCCUACAAGGAUCUUGAAAUUCAAAUGAAAGAAGAAAAGUUAAAUGUAUCUAGUAAAAAGAAAACUGAGGUAGAAAGACUUGGCAUGGGAUUUGGAAGCAACAGAAGUGGCAUUUCCCAUUCAGUAAUUUCAGACAUGCAAACAAUAGAACAAGAAACACCUACAACCGCAAAACCAAGAAAAAAGUACAAUGAUGAAGAUGAUUCAUAUUUUUCUUCCCCUAGUUCAAGGUACUUUGAUUCUGCAGAGUUGAGGAGCAGCACUUUUUCUAAAUGGGAUGACACUUCAAAUUCCUUUUGGAAGAAGGACAGUAGUAACAGAGAUGCUGACACAAUUCUAACGUCAAAAAUUGCCGACUAUGCUGACAGGCCUACAUCUCGUCGUAAACCUGAAUAUGAACCACCUUUAGGCACAGAUGAGGCACAAAAAAAAUUUGGCAAUGUCAAAGCUAUUUCAUCAGAUAUGUAUUUUGGAAAGCAAGAUUAUGCUGAUUAUGAAGCUAGGGCUCGUCUAGAGAGACUUUCUGCAAGUUCCUCCAUAAGUUCAGCCGACUUGUUUGAAGAGCAAAAGAAGCAACCUUCAGGAAACUACAGUAUUGCAAAUGUCUUGCCUUCAGCUCCUGAUAUGGCUCAGUUUAAACAAGGAGUGAAAUCAGUGGCUGGAAAACUUUCUGUUCUUGCUAAUGGAGUCAUGACGUCUAUACAGGAUCGAUAUAAUUCUUAACCAGAUGCAUAUCAACGUUAUUAAGUAUACUAAAGAAGAAUUUCUCUUCAGCUAUGCCAGGGAUCACAUUGCUGAUUGAAAUGAAAGCAGCUUUAAGGCUGUAACAUAUUUUGCAAGUUGUUCUGUCAUUUUUGUUUACCAUGUUACUUUCUGUUUCUUGGAAUUUUUUAACUGUCACUUUAUUUUUAUGUAGCAAAAACCUUAUAGUAACUUGUUACAUCACUCAUGCUUUUGUUCCUUUAUAGUGUUAUAUCUUCCAGUGUCCUUAGUGUUAUAUACAUGACAUCUCUUCCUCUCUCUCGCUCUCUUCUCUCCCCCCCCCCCCCCAAAUUGACUGUGGGGCAGGGAAGAAAAAGGUGGAUAGAUGAACUCUUACAUGGAAAGAUGAGACUUCAUAAGAUGAAUCUCUGCAUCUGUAGUCAUAAACCUCAGGUGCCACAUGUAUACACAGUUUGGCUGCUUACAUGUUUUGUCUUGUAGAAAUGAAAUCUUUUAAAAAAUCAUACAUUGAGAUAUUUACUGUAUUAUAGCAAAAUAAGGACUUGAUUUGGACCUUUGUUUGUCAGGAAAUAGAAGCUCUUGAAAUUUGUUGCUCAGCAUUAAAAUAAAAGAACAUUAUUUCUUCUAGAAAAUAUUUUGUUUAGGGUGGAAUACGAGAAAUAUAAAUUCUCAGAAUACAUAAGGUAAUAGAUUUAAUUUUGUCAUGCGAUCUAUCUAUUUAUUCAUAACUUUGAGAAUAUUAAAAAUGCAAUAUAGUCUUAAGUGCUUUUAAACAAUCAGUAUCAUGUACAAAAUGAACAGAAUUCAAGUAUACAUAAUUAUAGAGACAAAUAGAGUAGCAUAAUUGAAUAUUUAGCAUUAAGUAUUUGAAUGAUCUUAAGUUUUUUGAUAAAUUACAAAAUAGAUGAAUAAGAAAAUAUAGUGGGCUGUGUUUUAGACAGCCUGGAAUUUGCUGUUGACAAACUUAUUGCAAAUUUUAUGGAUCUAAAAAAACUCCCCAAAUGAGUUUCCAACUCACUCUGGUCUAUAGUUUUAUUUCUUAAACAACUCUCAAAUUUGUAAACUUCUAAAACCUAAUAAAAACCAAUUGAAAUCAA